GAUAUUUAAAAAGAGAAGAGCAGAAAGUGUUGGACGUCAAAUAUAUAUAUAUACUCGGAGAGAAAGAAGAUAGGAGUAUGUUAAGAUGUGGAAGCUAAAGGUUUCAGAGAAGAAAGAGGAUGAGAGGGUAAGAAGCGUGAACAACCAUAUGGGAAGACAAUUCUGGGAGUUCGAUCCUGAUCUUGGAAGCAAAGAAGAGCGAUCUGAAGUGGAACAAGUUCGACGGGAAUUUAGCAAGAACCGUUUCAAUUAUAAACAUAGUUCUGAUCUCUUAAUGAGACUCCAUUUUGAAAGGGAAAAGGGCAUAAAUAUGAAGAAAGAGAAUGAAAGGGAGAAGGAUAUAAAUGAGGAAGUUGUGAGAAGAACACUGAAAAGAGCCCUGAGAAGUCUCUCAACCCUGCAAGCUGAAGAUGGUUUCUGGCCAUCUGACAUUGGCGGCCCUUUGUUUCUUUUACCUGGAUUGGUAAUUGGAUUGUGGGUGACUGGGACCCUUAAUUCAGUGUUGCAGAAGGAGCAUCAAAGCGAGAUGCGGCGGUAUAUGUUGAAUCACCAGAACGAAGAUGGAGGGUGGGGGUUGCAUAUAGAAGGCCACAGCACAAUGUUUUGUACAGCUCUGAACUAUGUGAGCUUGAGAUUGCUUGGAGAAGAAGUGGACGGUGGAGAAGGCAGCAUGCAGAAAGCAAGGACCUGGAUUCUUCAUCGUGGUGGAGUCACUCACAUUCCUUCAUGGGGCAAAUUCUGGCUCUCUAUUCUUGGCGUAUACGAAUGGAGCGGUAUGAAGCCAAUUCAGCCGGAGAUUUGGUUGCUUCCCUACUGUGUUCCUUUCCACCCAGGAAGGAUGAGGUGUCACACUCGAUUAGUGUAUCUACCAAUGUCGUACUUGUAUGCGACAAGAUUUGUCGGUCCAAUCAACGAAGUUAUUUUAUCCCUCAGAAAAGAGCUCUACACCCUUCCCUAUCACUUACUUCACUGGGAUGAGGCAAUGAAUUUAUGUGCCACGGAAGAUAUGUACCGUACUUGUCCAACGAUGCAGAAUUUUUUUUGGAGUUUUCUUUACAAUGUAGGAGAACCUCUUCUCAUGCGAUGGCCGUUCUCUAAGCUAAGGCAGAAAGCACUCCAUCGUGUAAUGCAACAUAUACACUAUGAUGAUGAAAACACAAACUACCUUUGUAUUGGAGCCGUUAGUAAGGUACUAAACAUGGUUUGCCGUUGGGUGGAGAAUCCCAAUUCCCAAGCAUUUAAGUGUCACAUUUCAAGAAUCAAAGACUAUCUCUGGGUGGCUGAGGAUGGAAUGAAAAUGCAGGGAUAUAAUGGUUCACAACUUUGGGAUCUUGUUUUGUCUGUUCAAGCAAUCUUAGCUACCAAUCUCGAGGAAGAAUAUGGUUCAAUGCUUAAGAGAGCAAAUAAUUUCAUAAAAUGCUCACAGAUUACAGAAAACAGCUCUGGUAAUCCAAGUACUUGGUAUCGCCACAUUUCUAAAGGUGGUUGGUCUUUUUCAACUGUAGACCAUGGUUGGACUUCCACAGACAGCACUGCAGAAGGCCUGAAGACAGCCAUUCUGUUAUCAGAUUUGCCAUUUGAGAUAGUGGGAAAAGCAGUGGAAAUAGAACACCUAUACGAAGCUGUUAAUUUAACAUUAUCCCUACAGAGCAGAAGUGGAGGAUUUGCAUCAUAUGAGCUCACGAGAUCUUACGAAUGGUUGGAGAAAAUGAAUCCAACAGAAACAUUUGAAGAUAUCAUGAUCGAUUAUCAGUGUGUAGAAUGCACAUCAUCAAUAAUUCAGGGUCUUGCCUUAUUCAGAAGACGAUAUCCAACUUAUAAAAGGAAGGAAAUAGAAACUUGUAUUGCUAAGGCAGCAAGCUACAUCGAAAGCAUGCAAUUAGCUGAUGGUUCAUGGUAUGGAUCAUGGGGAAUCUGUUAUACCUAUGGAACAUGGUUUGGAAUAAAGGGACUCAUAGCNGCAGGGAAAAGGUACCAAGAUGACCACAGCAUUAGAAGAGCAUGUGAGUUUUUACUUUCCCAUCAACAACUUUCUGGUGGGUGGGGAGAAAGCUAUCUUGCAUGUCAACAAAAGGUUUACAUGAAUCUAGAAGGAAACAAGUCUCACGUAGUGAACACUGCAUGGGCUAUGUUGGCACUCAUUGAAGCAGGACAGGGUCAAAGAGAUCCAAUCCCAUUGCAUCGUGCAGCCAAGGUUUUGAUCAAUUCACAAAUGGAAAAUGGGGAGUUUCCCCAACAGGAAAUCAUGGGUGUGUUCAAUAGGAAUUGUACUAUCAGUUACUCUUCCUAUAGAAACAUAUUUCCAAUAUGGGCCCUUGGAGAAUAUCGAAGUCGUAUAUUGUGUUGUCCUAACAAGUAAAGGAUGGAGAGCAAGAGCAUAAUAAUGAUGUAAAUUACGUCCUGGGAAACCAACUUGUAUAUCAUUUCAAUAAUUACAUCUGCAUACUUAUCUACCUUGUUUGUUGG